AUGAGUUUACAGAUUGAAGGAAUAAUAGGUGUCGCCUUGUUUUAUUUUUUAAUUUUGUUGGUUGGGGUAUGGGCUGCUUGGAGAACUAAAAAUGUUGGAGUAGAAAGAGGCAUUGGUUUUAUGGAAAGGAGCAUAGUUGGAGGAAGAGACCUUGGAGUAUUGAUUGGCAGUUUCACCCUGACUGCGACCUGGGUUGGUGGUGGAUAUAUCAAUGGCACAGCAGAGGCAAUUUACAUCCCUGGGCACGGCUUGGCAUGGGCACAGGCUCCAAUUGGAUAUGCGCUUAGCCUGUUUAUAGGGGGGUUGUUUUUUGCUAAACCCAUGCGGUUACAAGGUUAUCUAACCAUGCUGGAUCCCUUUGAGAAGAUCUAUAACAAAUGGAUAGGAGGGAUGCUCUUCAUCCCUGCUGUUCUGGGUGAGCUGUUCUGGUCGGCAGCUAUUCUUUCUGCACUAGGUUCAACGUUGAGUAUUAUUGCGGCGAUUGACGUCAAAGUCGCCGUUAUCAUUUCUGCUGUGAUCACAGUAUUUUACACACUGCUAGGUGGAUUGUACUCAGUAGUAUACACGGAUGUGGUCCAACUAUUCUUUAUCUUCACAGGAUUGUGGCUAAGUAUACCCAAUGCCAUGCUUCAUCCAGCAGUUACAAACAUCGGCAUCACUGCAAAGAAGGAGGUAUACCAGGAGUCUUGGAUUGGACAUAUAGAUAAAGUAGAUCUCUUCUUGUGGUUCGACAACUUCUUUUUAUUGAUACUGGGAGGAAUUCCAUGGCAGGUGUACUAUCAGAGAAUUCUCGCAACAUCCUCUGUAAGCUCUGCAAAACUCCUAUCUAUUGCGGCCGCCUUUGGCUGCGCGAUAAUGGCAAUUCCAUCCAUACUUAUCGGUGCAAUAGCCGCGUCAACUGACUGGAAUCAGACUUCCUAUGGUUUACCAGAUCCUAAGAACAGCAAUCAAUCUGAUAUGAUUUUGCCAAUAGUGAUCCAUUAUCUUUGUCCGCCAACCAUUUCUAUUUUUGGCCUUGGAGCAGUCUCUGCUGCCGUGAUGUCAUCAGCGGACUCAUGUAUCCUAUCUGCAAGUUCUAUGUUUACUCGGAACGUCUACCAACUUAUAAUCAGGCGCCAGGCUUCAGACAAUGAAAUGAAGUGGGUCAUGCGAAUCAGCAUAUGCGUAUUUGGACUAAUUUCAACAGUGUUGGCAUUGCUGUCCAAUUCUGUCUAUGGUUUGUGGUAUCUGAGCUCGGAUUUUGUUUAUGUGAUUCUUUUUCCUCAGUUGGUAUCAGUACUUUUUAUCAAAUCAAGCAAUGCAUACGGCUCAAUUGUUGGUUUCUUUCUUGGGUUAAUCCUGCGAAUCAGUGGAGGCGAACCAUAUUUACAACUGGACCCAUUUGUCUGUUAUCCUGGAUGUUAUUUAGAUGAAAGCAACCAACAAUUGUAUAUUCAAAGGUUUCCUUUUAAAAGCAUGGCAAUGUUAGUUUCCCUUUUGAGCAUCAUUGUCAUUUCCCACCUGACCAACUAUCUGUUUGAACAUGGAAUCUUGAAACCAAAGUUUGACUUUCUAAACAGUAUUGUUUCACAACAAAACAAAGAAACCGUGGACAACACAGGCAUGGUGAACCAAGGCAGUUUCAAUUUGUCCAAAAUGGUGCAAGUGGAGUCAAAGCAUAGUGGCCCUUUGAUACUAACAAUAAAGCAUCUGAGAACAUUGAGUCAACUUCUGUAUCUUCUUAGGAAGAUGAUGAUUCACUUAUCCCCUUGA